AUGUCUAGUGAAAGGGCCUGUAUGCUGUGUGGCAUUGUGCUGACAACCAAUGAUUUUUCGAAUGAUGGUUGUCCUAACUGUCAGGGCAUUUUUGAAGAGGCAGGUGUGUCUGCUAUAGAAUGCACAUCGCCAUCGUUUGAGGGCCUUGUAGGCAUGUGUAAGCCUUCCAAAUCAUGGGUUGCCAAAUGGCUUAGUGUGGAUCAGAAUAUUCCGGGCAUGUAUGCUGUGAAAGUUGACGGAAGACUGCCCGUAGAGGUCGUAGAAGUCUUACCAUUUUAUAAACCAAGAGAUGGUAGCCAAGUUGAGUAG